GUCAGUGGAGGGUGUCCGUCGUAGGUUUAUCCCUUGCUGGCAGUCACCUAGUUUCCAAUAUAUUUGUUUUAAAUAUUUAUUUUCUUUAUCUACCUUCUUUGUUCAUCGUCUUUCGUUUUUCAUAUAACAAAUAAUAUUUGGAUCGACACCUCGAUACUUCUUAAUCCUUUCUGUGGCUGACUACCCAUUAUAUCUUCACACUCUUUCAUUCUUGCAAAUCCAGUUAUUUUUCAUAUAUAUAUAUAUAUAUUUAUAUAAAUUCGUUUUUUUUUCUUCCGUUUCUAUUGGUUCAACAACAUUUGAUUUUUCAGAUCUAAAUAUAUACAGGGCUAUACUUAUUUCUGCAGAAAAGUCUUAAUUUUUUUCUCUUCAAAAUUCUGUAAUGGACCGUUAUCCGUAUGUAAGAAUUUGAGGUCCCAAAGGUGGAUUUACAUAAAUAAUAUAUUUAUAGCUUCUGGGUUCUUUCACAACCAUUUUUUUUCUUACCUCUGUUGGAGCAAUCUUCGUUUAUAGAUUUCUGGAUUUGUCAUCAGAAUGGUUACGGUGAAUCUGGGAUUGCUUCAUUAUGUGUUGGACCAUGUUUAUGGUGCAUUUAUGCACAGAACAAAGUUAACCCCACCAUUUUUUUCUGGAGGGUGGGGUGGUUCAAAGCUUGAGCUGCUAGAGAGGAUGAUUACGCAGUUGUUUCCAGACAUGGCUGGCCAGAAUUGGCCUCCAACUUCCAUUCAACCCAUUUGGAGAACAGUCUGGGAGAGCAGGACGGCUUGUUUAAGGGAAGGGGUCUUUAGGACUUCAUGUGAUGAGCAACUGCUUAGUGCAUUGCCUCCUGAGUGUCACAAUGCAAGAGUUGCUUUUCUCACCCCAAAAGGAGUUCCACCUCAGAAGAUGGCCUGUGUCGUUCACCUUGCAGGAACUGGAGAUCAUACAUUUGAAAGGAGGUUACGUCUUGGAGGGCCAUUGUUGAAGGAAAAUAUUGCAACUAUGGUACUUGAGAGCCCCUUUUAUGGACAAAGACGUCCUUCGCUGCAGCGUGGUGCAAGACUCUUGUGUGUUAGUGACCUACUUUUAUUAGGAAGUGCAACCAUUGGAGAAGCACGCAGUCUCUUACAUUGGUUAGACUCAGAAGAAGGAAUUGGCAAGAUGGGUGUUUGUGGACUCAGUAUGGGAGGAGUUCAUGCUGCAAUGGUUGGAUCACUGCACCCUACACCUGUUGCAACCCUUCCUUUUCUCUCUCCACACUCUGCUGUUGUGGCAUUCUGUGAGGGAAUACUAAAGCAUGCGACUGCAUGGGAAGCACUGAGAGAGGAACUUGCAGCACAGCAUGCUGCAAUGACUCUUGAGGAGGUCAGAGAAAAAAUGCGAAAUGUUUUGUCUCUCACAGAUGUCACCCGCUUUCCAAUACCCAAAAAUCCCAAUGCUGUAAUAUUUGUUGCUGCGACUGAUGACGGGUACAUUCCAAAACACUCUGUUAUGGAGCUUCAAAAGGCUUGGCCCGGUUCAGAAGUGAGAUGGGUCACAGGUGGCCAUGUCUCAUCUUUCCUUCUCCACAAUGGUGAGUUUCGUAGAGCCAUUGUUGACGGGCUGAAUAGAUUACAAUGGAAGGAAGAGUCUUCAUUGUGACAGUCAUUGCAUGAUAUAACCGACUGCAUAAUUAUUCGUUGUCAUGGUAAUCUUUUGACCUAUAAUUUCUCCAAGCUUGUAUAAUGGUCUUCUAACAUGUGAGAGCACCGCAUUAAAGAAUAACAGGCAAAGAAAGAAAAAAUGUGUACUGUGAAUUAUCAGUCCUUUUAAUAUUGUGUUUUUAUAACAAGGCUUCCCGAUUUUAGGAGAGACAUUUCUCUCACUUCUAUUGGAAUGGCAAUGAACAUGAUCAAUGAUUAUUGAUCACUAGUUUGGUUUGUGGUCUAGUUCAAUGUAGUGAAUAUUCAUUGUUCAAUAUUUUAUUAAAUGUCAAUGUCUAUCUUCAUAUUUA